GCGCGCAGCUGCGGAAGACAGCGGAGUGAAAGUAAAGUCGAGGCUGAUUCGGGCAGGAGUUCCUUGACUCAGUUCUGAGCUGAAGUGCCGAAUUGAAUCUGUCAGUAAACUUCAAAACAUUAAAACCUGUAUUAACAAUUUGGACGAGUUAAAGUGUGAAGAUGACGUUUGCAAGCGACAAGCUGUAUAAAGACUUCAUACAGAAGAUGUUGAGUCGUUUGGCUUCAACAAUCAAAGUUAGAGAAAUCAUACCUCACCUGCACUGCCUCACACUUACUGAUCGGGAGGAGAUAGAAGCCAAAAGAGAGGUUGCGGGAAACUACAAUGCUAUGCAAGUGCUGAUGGACUGUCUGCGCAGACGAGAAAACUGGCCUGAACAAUUUAUCAGAGCACUGAAUGAAAUUGAUCAACAGAGUCUGGCUAAUGAGAUCAGCGACGCUUAUGACAAAAUAAGAGGAAUCAAGCCCCAGAGAUCAACUCCUCCUGCUGCUGCUGCUGCUGCUGCAGCUUCAGGUCCUACUCCUGCUGCUUCUGUGGUCUCUCCACCUGCACCUGCACAUGUCCCCGCUCCUGCUGCUGCUACUCCACCUCCAGCUCCAUCUCCAGCACCAGCCCUAGUUACCACUGCAACAAUUCACAAUGUCCCACGCUCCACCCCUCCGCUGCUGACCCCUUCUCCAGAGGAACCCCCAGCUCCACCAGCUGCUUCUGCCCCUGCCCAAUCUCCCCCAGAGUCCCUUCCCAGAGUCGAUGCCCCAGGCCCUGCUGAAGCCUCUGUCUCAGUGUCAGCACCUGAAGCUCCAGCUCCCUCUCCUCCUAAACCAGCCCAGCCUGUUAAACCUUCACCACCAAUAUCAGCUCCCCCUGCACUGCCCCCUUCUGUAGUCUCUGCUCCUCAGGUGACCACUUCUCUUCAGCAAAAUCAAGUCUCUUUCCGCCCUGAAGCAACAACCUGUUUAGACUCCUCAAGUGACCUCACUCUUAGUGCAAUUUCCGAACCAUCUUCAGCUGCUGCUACUUCUCUUCCUACUAGUAUAAUAGCCACUUCCCCAUUCCAGCUUGACACUCCUGACACUUCUUCCCAGCCUCCUUCUUCGCCCGAAGAGAGCAAAACUCCCCUGGGAGUCACAGAAACCUCCGCCUCUGUGAAGCACCCCAUUCAGGACACCAGCCCUCCACAGAAAGUGGCUGUCUUAACCCAGGAUGUCAGCUCAACUGUCAGUCAGCGCAUGGAAACGUCACGCUCCACAGUGCCACCAAACUCCCAAGCUUCUGCAUCUUCCCCAGGAAUGGCACAGGUCUUACGCUCAGCAUCUCCCCCAGCUGUGGAAAGUGUGGAGUAUUUCAGCAAGCCUGGCAUUCUGAUGGGAGCAGAGCCUUCCUUAGCCAGUUCCGAUGAUCUUCAGAUAAGCCGUCCCCCCACAGAGAGUGCAGGAUCUUCACCACUGCAACCAGCCAGACCUGCACCAGUGUCCAGCCAUCUUCAGCACAGACAACAAUUACAGGAGCCUUGCUCAGUCACUUCCGACCAAUUAAUGUUGAGUAAUUCCACCACAAGCACUGCUGGCUCUUCAGUGUCACAACCUCCUACAGUAUCUCCUGAAAACCUGGUUCCAAACUCUACUCCUGAAGAAAAUAGCUUUUCAGAACAAGCUGUGUCGUCCUCUGAAAAUCAGCCUGUGGAGGACACCUAUGAGUCUUUCUGUCAGAGUUUGCAAGGGGAGCCUGUCACAAUGGUGCACGUCGGCCAGAUAAACGAGGAGCCAUCAAUCCUCAAUGGUCAACCUCCAAUUAUGAUGGGUAAUGCAGCUCACGCAAAUGAAAUCCAGUCAACCCUGAACCACAAUAGGCCAACUGAGAGUCCUCCUCAGUCUGUCAUCACCCAGACCACACAGAGAAAUAAAGUCUACACCAAUGAACAGGCAGGUGCCUGCCCAAAGCCAUCCACUCCUGCAUGUCAGGUGUCAGAAUUAAAUGCUUCAGGUCAGCCAGAGCAGAGUGAAGAGGCCCAAAGAGCAGUGCUCCUGUCUGACCCACGCUUUAUUGCAGCCACUGCAGCUGUUGGUGUGGCUGCUGCUGCCUUCAUGGCCUGGAAGCUCAAGCACUAACACUGCAGUGUGAACUCUAGAGUAAAACGACCCAUUAACUCUUUAUUGCCACCACUGCUGCCUUGGAACAGCAUCUAAGUAUCUCAACACAAAACCCUGCACUUAAACUGUAGUGCUUAAACUGUAAGUCUAUAGAAGCCUAGCUUUAUUUAUUACCACAUUUUAUUAUAGAAUAAGUAACAGCCAAUGUUUUAUGAUAACGGAUUUUCUGAAAUCAGCAUCGUACCUGUUGAGAAGAUGUAUAGAGAUAAUAAUCAGCUAAUCAAGCCAACCAACCUGGACUAUCGCUCUGGAGUCAGGUUUGCUAGACACAUGUGCAGUCAGUAAAAUUAAUAUUCUUGUCUUCUACACAUUUAGGCAUUGGGUCAAUAUCAAUAUAAUGUGCCUCUAUGUCCAAAACAUACAGCUCACUUCAGUUUCUGAAUCAGUUUCUCUGAUUUUACUAUUUAUAGGUAUGUUUAAAUAAAAUGAGCAUUGUUGCUUUAUUGUAUAAAUUACGAACAACAUUCCUAAAAAAUUCUAAAUGAAAAUAGUGUGAUUUAAAGCAUUUAUUUGCAGAAAAUGAGAAAUGGCUGAAAUAACAAAAAAGAUGCAGAGCUUUUAGACCUCAAAUAAUGCAAAGAAAACAAGUUCAUAUUUACAGAGAUUUAAUCAAUAUUUGGUAAAAUAACCCUGUUUUUUAAUCACAGUUUUAUGCAUCUUGGCAUGUUCUCUUCCACCAGUCUUACACACUGCUUUUGGAUAACUUUAUGCCACUUCCGCUAUAAAAAUCCAAGCAGUUCAGCUUGGUUUGAGGGCUUGUGAUCGUCCAUCCUCCUCUUGAUUAUAUUCCAGAGGUUUUAAAUUUGGUCUCUUAUUUUUUUCUAGAGCUGUAUUUGUUUGAAAUUCAUACAAACUCGGUGUAAGAGUACAUUGAUGAAUGUAACUUGAAGCCAUUAUUACAACUGUAGAGGAAUGUUAACCUUCAUUUCUAAGUACAAUUUUUACAUUUUAAGUGGCAAAAUAUUUUUUUAAACAAAAGUAUAUUUUCUUAAAGAUUUUAAUAUUUUAAAAGUAAUUUAGCCAUUUCAUUUUCAACUGUCAUGAUAAAAUAUCAAGGCAAUAAAGUAAUUUUAGGUCAUCCGUGUUUUUGUCAGCAAUUUUUGCUAAAUUUCUAUACCCGGCAUGUAUGACAGGAAAUACCUAAAUUGAAAAUUAAAAGCUGUAAAAUAAGAUUUAUGUAUAGACUUUCUUUCUAGUUCUCUGAAAUAUUAUAAGUAUGAUAAAUAAUCAAAAUAAUUAAAAAUCCUAAGUUAUUAUUUUUUUGUUUUGCGGGCCAAAAGGCACAAUAUUCUGAUAAUAACCCCAUUGCUGUGUCCAUUGCAAGCUUCCUGUCUGCUGUUUUGCAAAAUUUGUACAGUUUCUGCAGUUGCACUGAAUUGAACUUUAGUCUUAACUGUUUUACCAAGCGUCACUGUUUAGCUUUGUAGAAAUGUUUUCUUGUGAUCCAUGUCUGGAGGCAAGGACUGUGCACCUAUUCUAUGAGCUCAACAAAACCUGCAUGUGGAGCCAUUUAGCAUCCUAAUAGAGGGAACCUUCAGAUGCCAGGAAAAACCUGUAGAUGUUGUUAGUGUACGUCAUCCUAAGGUGGGGAAUACUGCUUUGAACCAAAGCAUGAAGGCAGGGUAUAUCCGAAGGGUAGGGCCAGUAGCCGAUGCAGCUUGAGUUAAUUAAAUACAUUGUAAUAUGUACAUCUGUAACACACAUGUUAUUUUUGCAAUAUAAGGCUGGGCAAUCUUAGGAUAUUUAUAGCUAUCAUGGAAAAAAAACAUGCUUUUCUGAGCAUAAUCUGAAUAGUAGAACACUGGCAGAACACUGUGUUCUUUGUUCAUUUUUGUAAUUAAUAUUUCUAGUAUGAUUUCAGUCAUAAUUCCCAUACAAUACUCAUCACACACAGUAUAUUCAAGUUAAAUUGACUAAAUAUGUGUUUUAAAAUGUGUAGCGUGCCUUUGUUUGCCAACCUUGCAGAAGCAUAGUUUAAAUUCUGUACUGCAGAACCAGCUGUAAACUGACUUUCUUAUAAGGUGCACUUUUGUAACAAAAUGUUCUUAUUGUGUUGUUUGUAUUUUUUUGCCCAAAGUCUUUAGAAGAACUUUAAUUCCAAAGAGAAGUAAGGUUAUUGUGGUCUUAACACCACAGAGCUUGCUUAGCAAGAUCAGAAAACGUUGCGCAGUGCAUUUUAUGUGUAAAGAACAAAAGCCAAGUAUUAGAUGAACUAUGUGGGGCUUAUAAGCCUUUUAAUGAGAGAUUUAUUUAUCAAGUGCUGAGAGUUCAUGUAUCAUUUAACUGAAUGUGUGUUAAAAGUCUUAUUUUAUAUAUGCUUGGUUCAGAUGUGUAUUAUAUCGUUACGUUUUAGGCCCAAUCUUCUGAUUUCUGUAGCUUAUGUAAAUAUAUAAACAUCAGCACUUUAAUUGGGAACUUCUGUUUGUUCUAUUAGAGUCAUGCCUGAGUUUUAAUGCUUCAGUGUAGGCCGGAAUAUGUAUUGCCUUCUUCCCAUUGAAACUCUUGUAAACAAUGGAAAAUGGAUUAAAUAAAGUCUGUUAAUUAAAA